CAUUAAUCGCUUUAUUUUAAUACUAGCCAGUUAAGUUACUUCGAAAACUCAAACCUCGCGUUCAAUUGAUUUUGAAAACUCUUAUCAAUCGAUAAACUCAGACACUAUAGUACUGGAAGUGAUAUCAUAGAAGAGUUGAUCACAAUUUGUGAUGUCUAUAGCGCCUGAAUGUGGUUCAGACAUAAGUAAUGCAACUUUGGUUAAUGUAACUGAUAUGACAUCAAUAGAUCCAGUGGUGACUCUGACCGGUGCCGACAAAAGCGGUGUCAAAUCGGGCGCAGAUGUGGUCAGUGCUGUUCCCCACGCUAUCAAUGAUAUUCCAAAGCAAAGCAAUACAUUGAAUACAUGCAAAAGCAAUAGCACUGAAAUACGGCCCAACAUGACUACCAUUACCAGUAAUAACCGUAUGAUUGCCCCCAAACCUAUCGCAACCACUUCUUCCAUUCCCAUCAGACCCGAGACCAUCGCCGAUAAAACCCAAACUGUAAUCAUAACCACUUCCGCGGACUCUUCGGUCAAUUCAACCAUAUCUGGCGCUAAAUAUGGCAUAAAUAAAAUGAUUCCCAUAAAUAGUCACAUAGCGUUAGUUACCUCUCCAGACGGCACAUCCAUGUUAGCGGUUCCCAUGUCUUCAUUGGUGGCAAAGGGAAACGUCAACAUCAAGUCAUCCGUAACCCCGGUUUCUAUCAGUUCUGCGGCUUUGAAUUUGUUUUCAUACAAUUAA